AUGGCCAAAACCCUCUCAAAACCCACAUCCAUUUUAUUCAUGCUCUUCACCAUUUUCUUCUUCUCAACCUAUGUCAUCGCAGAUGAAGCACCCGUUUUCUCUAAAAAUUUACCUCCUUCAUCACUUGGACUUAAGCAACAGAAGCUAAGCCACCUCCACUUCUACUUCCAUGACAUUGUCAGUGGCCCCAAACCUACUGCUGUGCGAGUUGCACAAGCUGCCACAACAAACAAAUCCCCAACGGGGUUCGGAGCUGUGGCGGUGAUCGAUGACCCGCUGACUCUCCUACCAGAAAAUACCUCCAAAGUUGUUGGACAAGCACAAGGAAUUUAUACCUUGGCGUCGCAGAGUGAAGCAGCGUUGCUAAUGGUGUUGAACUUUGCAUUCACAGAGGGAGAGUAUAAUGGUAGCACUCUUAGUGUGUUAGGGAGAAACACUGUAUUCUCGACCGUCAGGGAGAUGCGGAUCGUAGGUGGGAGUGGUGUUUUCCGGUUUGCUCGUGGGUAUGCUCAGGCCAAGACUUACACGUUUGAUACCAAAUCUGGGGAUGCUGUUGUGGAGUACAAUGUCUAUGUCUUACAUUAUUGA